AAGGAUUGGAAAUCAGUGGGUCACUAUACUAUUUGAUACCGGGUCUACACAUAAUUUGUUGCUACAGUAUUGUAGGCUUCUGUUAUAUGGAACAUUGUGGCAACAGUGAAGGACAUCUGAAAAGUGAUGAAACCCUAAAUUUCCCUUUCCUAUAAUUUCUCUCUAUUUUAUAGGCGCUUCCCUCGAAGUGAGUUUAUUCGUGUGUGAUUUCCCUUCAAUUUCUGGUGUUACAGAAUUAUUUCUGUUUAAUGUUUUGUUUAAUGUUCUAUGGUGAUUGAUGAAUGCUCGGGAGUGUAUUGAUGUGUGUUAGGUCAUCAUCUUUUCUUAAUUUUCUUGGAGCGAGCGUGUGAGCAAAUGUGGUCAAUAAUAUUGGCUUACUUUUGUUAACACAAACACAUUCACAGGCUGGCCUACGAUUCAUUGCAAUGAUCGCAUCCUCAUGUUUUUGCGUAGUUCAUCGUGUGCAGAUAUAUAUCUGUUUUCUUUUUUCGCCAUUGCUCUCUCCCUACCCCCUCUGCAUUUAAAUUUAGAUUAUUCAACGUUUGUAUAUUUUUUUAGGUAAAUGAAGAGGAUGGUAGAGCCGUAGAGGGCAAUUGGCCUGGGAGGUGGUCGUGAUCAUAAUAACACCUACAUUAGAUUCAAAGUUUAUAAGAUAGUUCGCACAAAUCACGGACUUGCAGAUUUGCAUGAAGUUUGAGUUAAAAUAUCUUAUCCGAUUGUAAUGAAUUCUAUUGUGAAGUGUAAAGAAUUUGAUUUUGGAUGAAAAACAGAAACCACGGUGAAGUUGUUCACUUACCAUGGUGAAGUUGUUCACUUUAUUUAUUUUCGAAAAUAAACUGAGUAUUUGCAGGCUGAAAAAUUAUAGAUUCAGAAUUCAAGCAAAGAAAGAAGAAAAUAUAUGGCUGACAAUAAGCAGGAGGCAGUCUGCGUGACCGGAGCCAACGGGUUCAUUGGAUCAUGGCUGGUCAAAACCCUCCUCAACUCUGGCUACUCCUCCAUCCACGCCUCUAUUUUCCCCGGCUCCGAUCCUUCCCACCUCUUUGCUCUUCCCGGCGCCAAAGACCGCCUGGUGGUGUACGAGGCCGACAUCUUGGAUCUGGAUGCAGUAUGCAAGGCCGUUGAUGGUUGUAAGGGUGUCUUCCACGUUGCCUCGCCUUGCACGCUGGAGGACCCAAAGGAUCCCGAGAAGGAACUAGUUCUGCCUGCUGUGCAGGGCACCCUCAAUGUGUUGGAAGCUGCUCUGAGGUCCAAGGUAAGGCGUGUGGUCCUCACUUCUUCAAUUUCUGCGCUGGUUCCCAACCCCAACUGGCCCCCGCACAAAACCUUCGACGAAUCCUCCUGGACCGACCUCGAUUACUGCAAAUCUCGCCAGAAAUGGUAUCCAGUGUCGAAGACAUUGGCGGAGAAAGCAGCUUGGGAAUUUGCUGAGAAGCACGGAAUAGAUGUAGUAGCCAUCCAUCCGGCUACAAGUCUUGGCCCACUCUUGCAACCUGGUUUGAAUGCGAGCUGUGCAGUAUUGCUGAACUUGCUACAGGGAUCGCAGGAUACUCAAGAAUAUCACUGGCUGGGAGCUGUGCAUGUUGGAGAUGUGGCCAAGGCGCAAGUUUUGCUCCUUGAGACUCCUUCUGCUUCCGGUAGAUAUCUGUGUACCAGUGGUAUCUAUCAGUUUGGUGAUUUUGCUGAGAGAGUCUCUAAAAUUUUCCCUGAGUAUCCUAUCCACAGGUUUACCGGGGAAACUCAGCCAGGACUGACGGCAUGCCAAGAUGCAGCGAGGAGAUUAAUCGAUAUGGGUCUGGUCUUCACUCCUGUUGAAGAUGCUGUUCGGGAAGCAGUGGAGAGCCUCAAAGCUAAAGGCUUCCUGCCCCCACAAACUGCACAAACUGCAUGAGUCUUAGGCUAUUUCGUUAUUAUUAUUUUUAAUUUUAGUAUAUAACAAGAAAAAUUUCGUGUUUCAUUGCUUUAUCUAUUAGUUGGACUCUGUUAAUGGCAAAGGUUGCAAUGAAGUUUUUAUUUUUA